AUGCAACUAACGGUGAUUCGACGGAAUAGGUAUUUUGGUGGCUUCAUCGGCCGAUUGACUACUCUCGGUACUCGAUGGGAUAUGCAUGCCUCUCGUAAGGUCCUAUUGAAGCAUUUCGAUGCGCUGGCGGCUGAAUAUCGGAACGAAAUGAAUGGGGGCGCUCUCGCCGAUGAUCACGAGAUUGAGUCGGGGCAAGUGGGAAAGCCAGUUGAGAUCUUCCAAUGGCUAUACGAAAGCUCCAUCUUGCGUCAGAAAGGGGCUACUCUGAGGUCAUGGGGACUCUACGGGGCAUUGUCCGAGCUUGCGCAGCGCUCAGAGUAUAUCAGCCCUCUGCGCGAAGAAAUCGAGGCCAUUCUAGCCAAUGGAGAAGCGACAGGUGCAAGCUGUGAUCAAAUGAUUCUGCUGGAUAGUUUCCUGAAAGAGUGCCAGCGAUUCUCGUCAUUGGCCAGUCAAGCCUUCGAGCAUAGCUUGAUGAGGCCGACGGUAUUGACCCUCAAACCAAUCAUCUCAGGUAUAACUCUCAAACCCGGAACCCACGUCGGCGUCCCAAGCAGCGCAAUCCAACAUUCAAGCCCCGCCUACCCCAACCCUGAAAUCUUCGACGAGUUUCGAUUCGCAAAACGCGCCGCAGGCGGAGCCAGCAACACAAGGCUUUGCUUUGCUCGUGUUUGUCAUUGCAAUCCCGGCCGCUGGAUGGCGAGUGCUCUUAUGAAAUUGGUUUUGGCGCAUCUGCUGAUGCGUUUUGAUGUCUUGCCUGGUUUGGUGCAAGGUGAGCGAGGGAUGUCGUUGACUGGGUCAUUGUCUCUUGAGGAGUUUUAUGUGCCUAAUUUCGGGUUGGAGAUUCGCUUGCGUAUGAUAAAGUCGAGUAGAUCAUAA